AUGGAAGUGGAUUUCUCCGACACCGUCUCAGUGGUCAAACAGAAGAUCAAGAAUAAACAACUCAUUCCUGUCUCAAGACAAACCCUCGUCUUCAACGGCCGCAUUCUCCCUGACGACCGCUACCUCUUCAGCUGCAACAUCGUACAGAACUCCGGCAUCAACCUCAUCAUUGCCGAAGACCACGCCAGCAGCUCGUCGCACCCCCUUCCCGACAACGACAACGACCCCACCGUCGCUGCCGCCCUCGCCCUCGCCAAUGUCCUAGCCAGCAGCUGGUCUCUCCCUGUCCUUGAUGAUGACGCCGCCGCCGCCAUUGCCUCCAAUGCCCUAGCCAGACGCUGCUCUCCCCCUGGACCCCCUCUUCUCGACAAUGAUACGGUUGCCGCCGCCAAAGCCCUAGCCAGCAGCCGGGCUCCCUCUCUCCUCGACGAGGCCGCCGCCGAAGCCCUGGCCAGCAGCUUGUCUCACCCUCUCCCUGCAAACGCCAGCAGCUUGUCUCUCCCUCUCCCCGAAUACGCCGCCGCCACUCCCAAAGGCAAAGCCAUGGCCAGCAGCUCGUCUCAUCCUCUCCCCAAAAAAGCCGCGGCCACCCGCAAAGGCAGAGCCCGGGUCAGACGCCGCUCGGCUCCGUCCAACGCCACAAUGCGCCUCAACGUCAACUUCCCGACCCCCAAAAUGCACGUCGUACCCACUGAAAUGGACGUAAACGACACCGUUCGCAACCUCAAGAACAAGAUUCUCGAGGCGGAGAGGACGAAUCGCACCGUCACCAACCGCUCAAUGGCGCUUAGGUGCAGUACUCAUGAAGAACUUCAAGAAAACAGCUCUUUGAGGGAGUACUGGAUUUCCAAUGGCGCGGAGACCCAUGUGAGGUUUGGGCCGUGGAGCUGCAGCUUGACGGUGCAUGUGACGAGCAGGUGCAGGACCAUGAGGGUUCCGGUGGAGGUGAGCCCACAUGAUGGCGUUGCGGUGCUAAGGAAGGCGUGUGAGAAACUGAACCGGGAGAUUAACUUCCCAUUGCCGGCGGAUGGUUACUUCUUCAUUCUCAGGGGGGCCCAGAUGGAAGAAGAAAAGUCGCUUUUUUGGUACAAUGUUCGAGACGGCGACAACAUAUUUUUGUGGUCUUCCCUUGUUAAGAAGUCUUAG